AUGUCAGAUUCCCAGGACAACCCCCUCACUAAGGACAUUGUAUUAAAGAAAUACAAGGAAGUGUUUGAUGGCAUUGGUCUGCUAGCCGGUGAAUGUAAGAUUCACAUUGAUCCCACUGUCCAGCCUGUGGUGCAUCCCUCAAGAAAGGUCCCUAUAGCAUUACAAGAAAAAGUCAAGGAUGAGUUACUCCGCAUGGAGUCAUUAGGUGUCAUCGAAAAGGUCAAUGAACCCACUGACUGGGUUAGUUCAAUGGUCGUUGCCGAAAAAGCCAAUGGCAAAAUUCGUAUAUGUCUGGAUCCGCGUGACUUGAAUAAGGCCAUUCAACGUCCACAUUACCCUUUAAGAACUCUGGAUGAUAUAUUGCCUCAGCUUUCAGGCGCAAAGUACUUCACAAAGCUUGAUGCUAGGAGUGGUUAUUGGGCAUUGAAACUUGAGAGAGAGUCAUCGUUCCUUACAUGUUUUAACACCUUAUAUGGAAGGUACCGAUAUGUCCGAGUUCCCUUUGGUCUGAAGUCAAGCGGUGAUCUUUUUGUGCAAAAGAUUGAUGCUUGUCUUGAAGGUCUAAGUGGCGUAGCUGUCAUCGUGGAUGACAUACUAGUGUAUGGGUCAUCUAGAGAAGAACAUGACUCCAAUCUUAGAGCAGUCCUAAAGAGGUCUCAUGAUGAAGGAAUUCGUUUUAACGAAACCAAACUCGAGGUCGGGGUAUCAGAAGUAGACUACUUUGGUCACCUCACAUCACAUCUCACAUCAGAUGCUCCUGCACGAUUGCAGCGUAUGCUACUACAGCUACAGAAAUAUGAUCUUGACAUCAAACAUUAUCCAUCCAAACAAGUACCAGUUGCAGACACACUGAGCAGGAACUUUCUAAAUGAAACGUUCCCUGAAUUGUCACAAGGCAUGGACAUGCAGUCUCAGAUGCUUGAACUCAUUCACACAGGUCACAUGGGAGUUGAGAAAUGUCUCAGAAGGGCCCGGGAUGUUAUGUUUUGGCCAGGAAUAUCGGCUGAUAUUACCAAUCUCGUGUUAAAAUGCAACACAUGUAUAAAACACAGAAACUCAAACCCAAAAGAGCCAUUAAUUCCCCUUGAGAUUCCUGAUUAUCCAUGGCAAAUUAUAGGCACUGAUCUAUUCACCUGGGAAAACAGGAACUAUCUUCUGAUAGUGGAUUACUAUAGCAGGUAUUUUGAGGUCAAGGAAUUGCCCAAUAUGAAAAGCACCACGGUCAUAAACAGAAUGAAAGGCAUAAUGGCCAGAUGGGGAAUUAGUGAGAAGGUUAUAUCUGAUGGUGGUCCCUGUUAUAUCUCUCAGGAGUUCGCUGAUUUUGCAAAAGAAUGGGAUUUCAAUCACCAGACAAUUAGUCCCUAUCACAGUCAAUCAAACGGUCUAGCUGAGAAAUAUGUGUCAGUUUGUAAGAAACUCCUUACAAAGGCUAAGGACGCUGGGCGUGAUCCUUUUAUUGGCAUAUUAGAAUACCGGACCACCCCUCUUGAGUCAGGGUAUUCCCCUGCGCAGUUAAACAUGGGCAGACAAUUGCGCUCUAUCCUCCCAACAUCUAAGGAAAAUCUGAUGCCCAAGGUGAUAUCUCCUAAUUUAGUCAGGCAGGGUAUUCAAGGUAGCAAACAGAAGGGGAAGAAAUAUUAUGACAGACAAGCAAGGUCACUAGAGCCCUUAACAUAUGGAGAAAAUACAAUGAUACAACAAUUAAAUAAAACUUGGAGACCAGCCACUGUAGUUGACAAGUUUAAUGAAAGAUCAUACACUGUUCAGUGCCCAGAUGGGUCUAUGUACACACGAAAUAGGCGGGAUCUAUUAAAGACCAAUGAGCCCUGCCAUGGUCAAUUUGCAGAGCCAGAAAUACAGGAAAUGCCUUUAGGUCAAACACCUACCCAGUCUGACAUCAAAGAUUCGGAAAGCCCUCUAAUUGGCAGUACUUCCUCUCCAUGUAUCAAUCACAAUCUGUACGUGACCAGGUCAGGAAGGGCCGUAAAACCAAAAGUAAUUGAAUCCAUGUGA